CGGGAACUCGCCACUGGCAAAGCAAAAUGGCGUCGUCAGUAGCCUUCCAAGAACUGCGAGAUCUGAUCGAGACCCAGGAGGCUUUGGUGGAGAGGCUGAGACAGCAGAUAGCAAUGCAGGGGGAGAACACAGUAAGCAAGGUGGAAUAUGAAGCUAUUGUGAAGAAACUAAAGAAGGAAGAGGAAGAACACGCAAAGACAAAGAGCAAUCUAGCUAUGGAAUCUGAACAGCUGGAGUUUGCCCUUGGGGAGAUCGAUGUUCUGUCAAAGCAACUUGAGAGGGAGAAACAAGCUUUUGACAACGCACUUUCUCGUGUAAACAGCAAAGUGCUGAACCAAUCGAUCCAAAAAGACAAGUUGAUAAGUAAAUGCACUGAAAUUGAGACCCAUAUUCAGAAACAGGAAGAUAUUCUAAACUACAAAGAAAAUGAGAUCAAGGAGCUGCAACGCUUCAUCAGCAAGCAAAAACAAACCUUAAAAAAAGAAGUGUCUGACUUCAAGAUACAGAAACAACAGGAACGUUACAUAGCAAAAGCGCUUGGGAAAAAAAACAAGGAUUUUAAGUAAACUUAGAAACAUUCCCUUGAUUUUAAUCUUACUGAAGUCAAGAAUGAACGUCUCAGUUUUUCCACCAAAAAAUUAUUCUAUGUGAAGUGAGAUAUUUACCGCUAAAGGUCAGUUUUCUGUACAUUCUGUCCAGUGGAAUCAAUCUUGGACCUAUAUAUUUCUGUACAUGUUUAGGUGGACAAAGAAUUGGAUUCCCAACAUUUAGGCAUAUGCACGAGUUUUUCCACUUGAAUGUGAAAGGCAAUAAGAUCCCAAUGAACUUUAGAACAUCUGUGGAUAUUACUAAAUUGCUACUACAUAGUGUAGUAAUCCAAUACCUAGAUCUUUCUGGGAACUUUUUCAUGUCAUUCCUUGUGCAGGUAGAUUAUGAAAUCAACAUUGUAACGUAUACAUGGCUGCUUAGAAGUAAGUCACACUGAGUUCAAAGAGACUUAUUCCAGGGUAAAUGAGUAAAGAAUUGCAACCUCAGUCCAAGAGGUCAUUUCUAAUCGAGGACAUGCCAUUCAAGGCUGUCUAUCAUUGUUCCUCUUUAUCCAGCUCUAGAAAGUGAAAGAAAUUAGUUUCAAAGGGAUGUGGCAAACCUUCAACCAUCAAAUGGAAUAGAAAGACAAAUAGUUUCAAACUAUUAUAAAGCUGCCACAUGGCAUAUCUUCUCAGAGCCACAAAUACUGGAGAUCCCAUGCUCUUAUUUUGCAAUUCUGAUGUUAAUUUAAGCUGAGGCUGCGAAAGCAAAAUCUUUGAAUUCUUGAAUUCAACUUGAAUUUAAGCUGCCCUGCAAAGAUUCCUGCCAAAAGCAGAGCUUGCAUUCAGUGCUGAAUUUUCAGCAUGGAUCAGCUGGGAACUGGCCAGUGGAAUUAGGAGUAAAUUAGGACCCCUGGUGUGUCUAGUUAGCCCUGUGGGCCACAGGUUCCCCAUGCCUGCACUGGUCACUCAGUGGUAAAGGAAAGGCUCUGUGCACAUGCUUACAGGCACUCGUGUGACAUAUUGCAAGAUAGCACUUUAAGCUGCAAUCCUAAACACAUUUAUUAGGAAAUAAGCCCCACUGAAUGCAAUGCAAUUUCUGAGUACACAAUACAUAAGAUUGCAGUUAUUUUUAUAUCUUCUUUGAGUUGAAAGGGAAUUGGCCCUCUCUCUGGGCCUUUCUGCAUGAUCUUUUUAAAAUACACAGUUGAUAGUUCCACUUUUAUUCCCUUAAACUGGUGCUUCUUUGUAAAGACAGUUGAUUUUCUUGUAAAGCACUUGUACAGUGCUUUGUACUUGGGAUUAUGUACUGCUACCUCCAUGGCGCAGAGUGGUAAGCGGUGGUAAUGCAGCCGAAGCUCUGCUCACGGCCAGAGUCUUAUUCCAACGGAAGGAGGAAGUCGAAUCUCCAGUAAAAGGGGUCGAGGUCCACUCAGCCUUCCAUCCAUCCGUGGUUGGUAAAAUGAGUACCCGGCAUAUGCUGGGGGGUAAAAAAAGGCCGGGGAAGAACUGGCAAUCCCACCCCAUAUAUACGGUCUGCCUAGUAAACGUCGCAAGAUGUCACCCUAAGAGUCGGAAAUGACUCGCACUAUAAGUGUGGGGACACCUUUACUUUUUACCUCUGGAUUGCAUAUCCUAUCUUAUUGUACAUUAAUCUAGGUAUGUGAGUGCUAUGGGCACCUGCUGUUGUCUGUGAUA